AUGUCGUUUGAUCGGCUUAUCCGAUUCCUAGAUAAGGAAGGCAUCGAGAGAUAUGGUAAUGUUGAAGGCGAGAUUCCAGCCUCGGAACUAGAGAGCAAGACAGUGCAGCUCGUUUCCGGCAGCAUUGAAUCUGGAUUCAAGGUCUUGGACGAAAAGGCCGAGCUAGUCAAGCUACUGUGUCCAUUGCCUAGCACGCCCAUCAUCAUCUGCGCGGGAGUCAACUACAAGUCUCAUGCCAAGGAGACAAAGUUUCCGCCGCCUAAGAAACCUGUCAUCUUUGCUACUCCUCCCGAUCGUCUGGCUGGACCACUGGACGACAUCAAGAUCCAUCCAGACGCGCAGGAGCUGCUGGACUACGAGGGAGAGUUGAGCAUCGUGAUCGGAAAGGAUGGAUACGACAUCAGUGAGGACGACGCACUGGAUUACGUGCUCGGCUACACAAUCAGCAACGACGUCUCGGCGCGCAACCUUCACGCCAUCGACGUAUCCGGGUACCAGAUGGGCUACGCCAAGUCCUUUGACGGCUUUGGCCCGACGGGACCUUACCUGGUCUCGCCGAAGCUGGUGCCGAACCCGCAGGCUCUGGACCUGAAGACUACGGUCAACGGCGAGGUGCGACAGACGACGAGCACGGCGCAGAUGAUAUGGUCGUGUCGACAGCUCAUCGCGUUUGCCUCUCGAGGCCGGACCUUGCGCCGUGGGACAGUGAUCAUGACGGGAACCCCGGAGGGCGUUGGAUGGCAUACGAACGGGUGUCUCAAGGAUGGGGAUGUGGUUGAGGUCAGCAUUGGAAGGCUUGGUUUCAUUAGGAAUAAGAUGGUAUUCCAUGGAGGUGAUUGA